UCUCCAAAAUUAAAAUAUAUUUUUUUAAAUUUCUUUUUUAUUAUUAGACCGGACAAGCUCAGCGACGUUGCUUUCCCUAUACUUCUAUUGGCUGAGAAGUAAUCUCUUUUCCAGAGCAACAAACUCUCUCUCUCUCUCUCUCAAAAAAAAAAAGACAUUAGCUCAUUUUUCUAAGCUUGACCUACCUGACCGCCAUUAAAAAAACUAACCGAAGUUUCUCUGAAGACUUUUUGAAGCUGUUAGACUCAAAAUUGGGUUGAAUUAACCAAGUGGGUACUUUUAUUUUGAACGAAUUUAAGUGGGUAUUUUUCAGAAUUUCGAAAUUGGGUGGCUUUUCUUUUUUCCCCAAGGAGCCAAACGCAAGCACGAUGGCAACCAGAUCCAAUGGAACGGCGUCAGACAGGGGCGAAGUUGAGGUACUCGAAUCGCUCCAAUUUACAGACGAAAUUCAGCAUUUGAUGUCAGCUCCGACAACCGACAAUGCGGGUUUCUUCACGGCUUUGCUAGAACUCCCGGCUCCACAAGCUGUUCAGCUUCUACACUCUCCUGAGUCGGCUAAGCUUAUCGCGGCUCCAGUUCCGAACGUUGAAGAUUUCAAAGGCAGCUUCCAUUUUCCUUCUAAUAGUGGUUUGAUUGAACGAGCUGCGAGGUUCUCUGUGUUUGCUGGAGAGGGUAACAACAACACUAAGAAGAGCAACUCCCCUGAAACGACGUCGAACAUUUCAAGUGCGAAUCUUGAGAAGGCGGUGAAGAGUGAGCCGGCGGAGAGCGAGUCAUCUCAGCCGUUGGUUUCUGAUCCAACGGUGGAGAAGCGGAGUAUCAAGAGAAAGGACCGAGAAAAGAAGGUCAAAGAGUCAAAGAAGAAAAGCAAAACUGCGGCGAAUGAGAGUUCAGAGGAUGCCGAGAAACUGCCGUACGUUCACGUCAGAGCUCGCCGGGGACAAGCAACGGAUAGCCAUAGCUUAGCAGAGAGAGCAAGGAGAGAGAAGAUUAAUGCAAGAAUGAAGCUGCUACAGGAGUUGGUACCUGGGUGCAAUAAGAUUUCUGGUACAGCAUUGGUGUUGGAUGAAAUCAUCAAUCAUGUGCAGUCCCUGCAACAUCAAGUGGAGUUCUUAUCAAUGAGACUUGCAGCAGUGAACCCAAGAAUUGAUUUCAACCUUGAUAGUAUAUUCACUGCAGAAAGUGGAUCUAUAAUAGACUGUAACUUCCCUAGCAUGGUUAUGCCUAUGAUGUGGCCUGAGGUUCAAGUCAAUGGAAACAGACAACAGUAUCAGCAGCAAUGGCAUUUUGAUGCACUUCAGCAGCCUGUUUGGGGUAGAGAAGAAGUCUGCAAUAAUUACAUUACUCCAGAGAACUCACUUUUAAGUUAUGACUCCUCGACAAAUUCAGUUACGUUGCACUCAAAUCAAUUGAAAAUGGAGCUAUGAAGUCUGAAGAAGUUCCAACGGUUAGAUUUAUGGAAAAAUUGUUCUAGUGCUAGCUAGUAUUGUACAUAUCAAAUAUUAGAAAUUAGGAGGUAGAGGAGAGGCCUCACCAUUUAUCUCUGUGUUCCCAUGUCUUCUGUUUACCUGAGUCAAUUGGAAGACUUUGAUUUCUCAGGACCGGAGGCAGGAAAUCUCAGUAUGUUGUUAUUAAAUAUAUAUAUCUUACUAUAUAUACUAACUCAGAGUCAUUCAAUCUAAUACUUCAUUUGCGAGGUUGAUUGAUUCAUAUUGUAAAAUCAUAGAACGAACUAUGAUUAAACUAUUAUCGAAGUCGGCUUCUUUUGUUCAGUAUAUAGAUUAUAGGCUGUCUGUCAUCUUUUUCUUUCUAUGUUGAAGACAUAAGAAGCUUUUUAUUGAUUGUUAAACCAUAUAUAUUCCUUCUCACCUUGAUAUCAUUUCAACUAUGGAUCUUUAUUGUUAUGCUGGAAAGUAAUACUCUACUAUGUUGUGGCUGAAUUUUGCUUCGACGAUGAACUAUCAAAAGGGUUCCACUGGCCCCUGUUUUGUCCAAUGCUUUAUGUAUAACUUGAUAGCAAGGGUGACAUUUACAGCUGCGAUUCCAAUGAAUCAAUUCUCAUUCUCCACUUUCUCCUGUGUCUCUAGCCUUACAUGCAUCAUAGUGAAAAGGAGUGAAAAGGAAAAGGCUGUCAGAAAACCAUUGCCAAUCCUACCAAAAAAGCCCCAGUGAACAGAGAACUCCAUUAUUGUGCUAGGCGUCAACAGUCCCGAUUGGCCCAAGUCAAACCCAUUGCGUCUUAAUUUGGUUUUGCAAUUUCUAUU